AUGAAAUGCCGGAUCCCUGUGGAAGAAAGGCACUUCAUCCAGAUGGCUCAAACCGCCCUUAAAAUCUCUUUGAGAAAAAGGUUUGACGGGAUGCUGUUUGGAGACCUUGCAGAACUGGCAGACAAGGCAUCUAAAUAUCAGGAGCUACUCAAGGAAGAACAGAAGAGGAACUCUUCCAAAGGCACAUACUACAAAUCCCCUUCUUCUUCAACACAUCUUAUUAAGGUGGAAUCAGAGGAAGACAUAGAAUGCUCAGAGGAAAGAGAAAUUGCAGUGGCAGAAAUGGCAAAAUUAAAACAUCUCAUCAACUGCAAGGCUCUUACCAAGCCACCAAAGGACCAGAAGUCACCACCAUUCACAGGAGGGUUUGUUCCAAACAAGCCAACCCAAAACAAGGUCUAUUCCUCCGAUCUAACCAAGGUUGAUGCUCUAUUUGAUGAGAUGCUGCUACAAAAGGCAAUAGAGACACCCCACAGGUUGCCCAAGCCGGAAGAACUCAAGGUCAUACAGUAUUACAAGUGGCAUAACUCUUGGAACCAUUCCACCAAUAGUUGUGUUGUUUUCAGGGAUGUCAUACAGGAAGGAAUAACAGCAGGAAUGCUAAAAUUGGCCAAGAAACCUCCAUCAGUCACAACAGAUCCCUUUCCCCAGCCUCAAGUCAACAUGGUCAACUUAAAUUGGUCGGAACAGAAUAAAGGCAAACUAACAACAGAAGCUAGCUCCAGCAGAGGCAGAAGAGUCGCAAGGGAGACUAAUCAAAGGCCAAAAGCAACUAUCUCGGUUGGGGUAGUAUUGUGCAGUAAGUACAAGUGUGAGAGUGAGUUAGAAGUAACUUUGGAUAGGCAGAAACAGCCCACACCUAAACCCUUUUGCAUCAUUUUAAUGGGAUCAUAUGAUGCUGGGGACAUCAUACCAACAAGGCCCGGUUCCGGCUCUAUCUAA